AAAAAAAAAAAAACUCAGCAACGCAAAGUGCCUCGUUAAAAUUUGGGGAAUGAACGACGUAAAUGUCUUUUCAUUUUCAACACUCCCCAAAAAUCAGUGUUUCGGGGUUGGGCUUUAAGGUGGGUGAUUUGUUGUGAGGAGAGAGAAGUGAUUAGUGGAGGUAGUUAAAGAUGUUGAAUGUGUUUACUAGUGACUGGCUCACCCCCCACUAACCCUCUGUUACCCCUCUGUCUCCUCUCCUUGCCCCUCUCUCCCAAUCCUCUCCAGCAGCCCGACUGCGACUCUCCAAUAGGAACAGGCGUCGCUAAUAGAUGCAAAUGUUCCUGAAAAGAGCAGGCAAAAUAUGAAAGAAGUCAUUUGCUGGCGAGUAAAUCACAGAAAACUGUUUAUGAACUGGCAAGUUCCCUUCUUGGAAAUGUAAAGCGACAAGUCUUUAAGUGGGUGCAUCGGGUUUUUUUUUUAAUUUUUUUUAAUUUUUUUUUUUUUGGAUAACAACAAGGGGGGGGAUGUAAUAUCAUCCAAACGUAGACUUUUGAUUGUCCCCCCUUUCUUUUGUACUUGUGGAAAUCACAGGCUCUCCAGCCAGCUCCUUCAGCUUCUCUGGUGUUGGUAAAAAAAAAAAAAAAGCGAAAUUAACAUGAGCUCUUAUUUCGUCAAUUCUCUCUUCUCCAAGUACAAAACCGGCGACUCUUUGCGCCCCAAUUACUAUGAUUGCGGCUUUACGCAGGCAGACUUGGGAGGCAGAGCUACAGUGGUGUAUGGAGCCAGUGCUGGGGGAACAUUUCAGCACCCGGGGCAGAUUCAGGAUUUCUACCAUGGAACGCCUUCCCUUUCUUCUCCCACUUACCAGCAGAACCCCUGUGCUGUGACUUGUCACGGCGACCCCGGCAGCUUCUAUGGAUACGACCCCUUACAGAGGCAGAGCCUGUUCAGCAGCCAAGAGUCGGAGCUGGUGCAAUACAGUGAGUGCAAAGUGGCCUCGGCUGGGCUGGGGGAAGAGGCAGAGAGCUCAGAACAGAGUCCGUCUCCGACCCAGCUCUUCCCAUGGAUGAGACCACAAGCAGCCGCCGGACGCAGGAGGGGACGGCAGACCUACAGUCGCUACCAGACGCUGGAGCUGGAGAAAGAGUUUCUGUUCAACCCCUACCUGACCCGAAAGCGGAGGAUUGAGGUGUCGCACGCCCUGGGACUGACUGAGAGACAGGUCAAAAUCUGGUUCCAGAACCGGAGGAUGAAAUGGAAAAAAGAGAACAAUAAAGACAAGUUCCCCAGCAGCAAAUGUGAACAGGAGGAACUGGAGAAACAGAAAAUGGAGAGGGCGCAAGAGACGGAGGAAGUGUUGGACGGACAGAAAGGGGAAAAGAGCAAUUAAAUCGCAAUCCGGGAGUAGCAGCGAUUUUUAGCGAACAGUCAGGAGGAAAGCGAUUAUUUGCUGUACACGUUUAUCUGCUGUGCCCCCCCCUAUCAUGUCUGGUACAACAAUAGCCAGUGCUCCCCAUUAUAAUAAUAAUAUUAAGACAAGGGAAACCUGCUCCUCUGUUCGGGAACAAAACUCCAGUGACCUUAGUGUUUGUGUUUAACGCAAUAGCUUUUUGUGGAUCAUAAUCUUCGGGUGGGGGGGGUGGUGUUUGGUCGCUCUAGAAGUUUUUUGUGUGCACUAUGUGUGAUUCCUGUGUUCCUUUAUGAAAAUCCGCGAAAACAAAUGACAAACCAACAACAUGAAACUGCCUAAUUGAGAUGUAGAACUUCCCCUGGACACACGGCUAGGACGCCCCCUCUCCUCAUCUUGUUCAUGGUCCCCAGCCAUGGCCAGAGGAUCCCCCUCUCUUUAGUUAGCAUGCUUGCAACGACCCCACUUGUGCUUAUUAUUAGGGUAACUGUAGACAGAUUACUGUAUCCUGUGAACGUGGAAUUCAUUUUUAUUGGGGGGGUGAGUUUAUUGUUCGACCCACUUUGUUCUGUUGUCUAAACAUGGAAGCGACAGAAUAAGCAGCGCUAAUAAAGUUUACAAGAGGGAAUUUGUGGCA